GCAGCAGUUCUCCCAUCUCUGUCCUCAUCCUCCCAGAAACACCAACCAGAGAAGAAGAAGAGCAUGGAGCACUUUCCAACCGUGGAAAUGGCGCUCAGCGUUGCAGGAGCCUAAAGUCAGAGAGGCAUCUCGUGUUAGUCGGGUCAGGUUGAAGCUACUCCCAGACAGACCACUCUCUACGCAUGAGUUUGUACUCUCUUUGAACAAUGAGCGGAUUAUGACACAGGAAGAAAAAGAGAAAAGCAAACAUUCGUGGCUCUGAUAAAGCCGUCAUCCUCCUCCUCGGACAGUGAACAAUGCAUGACUUGACUGCCCAAGUCACCAGCAGCCUGCUGCCGUUCCCAGGAGUGACUAUAGAUGCUCUAGGGGAGGAUGAGAUCACCCUAGACUCUGUGCUUCAUGGGAAGUUCACUGUUGGCCGCAGCGGGCUGGUCUGGCUGGCCUGUGGCCCCCAUCUGGAGGUUGUCCAUGCAGUGACAGGAGAACGUCUGUCUGCAUACUGCUUCAGUGGUGGAGGCGAGCAUGCGCCCAGCGUCCUCGCUGCCAGGGACUUCAGCUGGCUCAAACGGUCUGGAUUACUGGUUGGCUUGGAGGAAACAGAGGGCAGCGUGCUGUGUCUUUAUGACUUAGGACUGUCAAGGGUGGUCAAAGCUGUGGUUAUACCAGGCAGGAUUACAGCUAUUGAGCCAUUAGUGAGUUAUGGUGGAGCAAGCACUUCGACCCAGCACCUUCACCAGAGUCUGCGCUGGUUCUUUGGCAUCGCCGCCGUAAUAACAGAUCUUGGUCAUGUCCUGCUUGUGGACCUCUGUCUCGACGACCUGUCCUGCAGCCAAAGUGAACUGGAGGCUUCAGACCUGCAGGUAGUGACCAAAUCUCCUGCAGAGAUCCCCCGGCUGAGAGAAGUCAGCACCCGACAGGGCAGACAUCUUUGUCUCCAGCUGAAUGGGCCCAGUGGAGUUGGAGCCACAGCUCUGCAGUACAUCCCCAGGACCAACCAGCUGGCUGUGGGAUUUUCAGAUGGAUACUUACAGCUGUGGAACAUGAAGACCCUAAAGAAGGAAUACCACUCCCAGUUAGAGGGGGGCAGGGUACCCGUGCAUGCCUUCACCUUCCAGGAGCCAGAAAAUGACCCCAGGAACUGUUGCUACCUCUGGGCUGUCCAGUCUUCUCAGGACCUUGAGGGAGAUAUGGUCAGCCUCCGCCUACUUCAGAUGGCCUUCAGUGAAAGGAAGUGUCUAGCUUCUGGGAAGAUCCUCUAUGAGGGUCUGGAGUACUGUGAGGAACGUUACAGUCAGGAGUUAAGUGGCACAGCUUUCCCUCUCAGGGCUCAGGCCACCAACACCCGCCUGCUGAGCUGCCAGACCAUCGAGAAGUUCAGACCCCAUCCCGACCGGGAUGACAGCAUGAACGAAGUUGCAUCUCCAGACACCAGUGUGUCUAUCUUCAGCUGGCAAGUCAAGGCCUAUGGUCAGGGAACCCCGUCUACCUUCAUCGGAGUUUUUGACAUCAACCGUUGGUACCACGCACAGAUGCCAGACUCUUUGAGAACGGGAGAGUCUCUGCAAAAUUGUCCCUACCUGGCAGUUUGGUCUCUGGACCCAGUGGUGCAGAUGGUGUCUCAACACGUCCUCCUGGAUGUGGUGGUGCACGAACGAAGCCUGAGCAGGGGCCUGCCCUUCACCUGCCCCCCACCAGAGCAGUACUUUAAUCCCACCACAUAUAACUUUGAUGCUACCUGCCUGCUCAACUCUGGAAUUGUGCACUUGACGUGCUCUGGGUAUCAGAAAGAGACCCUGAGCUUUUUGAAGAAAGCUGCUCCUUGUUCCAGUGAAAUCAUCUCCACUAGCUACUCUCGCUGCCUCAUGUCCGGCCUGCUCUCAUCUCGCCUGGCUGACACCCAAGCCUCCAGCCUCUCUCAGGAGGAGCAGCUGGAUGCCAUCUUGUCCACAGCGGUGGAGACCAGCUCCUUGGGACUGAUCACUGGCUGUAUCAAGCAGUGGACUGCAGAAGAACAACCAGGCUCUGCACUGAACCUGCGCUACAUCCUGGAUUGGGCCUGGAACAAAGUGGUCCAGACCAAGGAGGAACUGGAUGGCAUCUGUGCACCGCUGUUUGACAGCUCAUCAAACUUCACGGACCCUCAGACCAUGCAGCUGCUACAGCACAGCCAGAGACUGCUCAGUAACCUCAGUACCAUCUUCCACUGUCUGCUCAGUGAAGCUCAGGAGCUCACGCAAAAAGGCCUGGUGGGUCUGAUGAACAAGAACAUGGUGUCCAGUCUGAUUUCCAAGUACGCUCAGGUGGUGCUCUGGUUCUGUCGUACCGGCCUACUGCCUGAAGGAUCAGACGACGACGCUCUCCAGAUCUCCAGGCCUUUCUACACUCACUCAGUCAUCAGCAACUAUUAUACCAUACGCAGAGAGGAGCUCACCAGGCUGGCUAAGGGCAAGUGGUGUGCAGACUGCCUGAUGAUUGACGGUUUGGUUGGCCAGUGUGGUGAACGCUUGAUCAACCUGUGGAAGAGGGAUGAGAAUGGGACAGGGCAAUACCCACCACCUACAUUGCAUGCCCUGUUGGACAUUUAUCUACUGGACAACAUUGAUGAAGCUGCCAAACAUGCAAUUGUGAUUUACCUGUUGCUGGAUGUAAUGUACUCCUUCCCUAAUAAGGAGGGAGCAUCAGUGGAGUCUUUCCCCCCAGCAUUUGCCAUCCCCAUUGGACUGGUGAAACUAGUGCAAGGCCUCUGGCUGCUGGACCACCAUGACCACCAGAGUUCAUUUGAGUUGCUCCUGCAUCCAGCUGCCUCUCAGUGUCAGUUUGAGUGGCAGCACGAGCGUGUCCUGCAAGCACUGAUGUGCCAGGGCCAACACCCUGUGGCUCUUCGAUACUUCCACGUUACGAAGCCUCCAAUUUCCUCCACCUCCCAGGCCAAACUCUGCCUGUCUGUACUGCUACACAACAGGUGUCUUAUAGAGGCGUGGUCGUUACUUCGGCAGCACUCUAAUCGCCUCAACAUGGGAGAGCUGAUGGGCUUCCUGUAUGAGAGCUGCCAGGAGCUGGGGCUCAUGAAGGAGCUGCUCAAACUGCCCCUGAGCCUCACUGAGCAGGAAUGUUUGGAGAAGUUUCUCCAGGGUACAGGGGGUCUCCAGAACCGAGAACUGCUGAUGGUUCAUUACCUUCAGCAGGCCAACUACAUUCCUGCCCUGCAGCUCAACCACAGCCUCAAGAUGAACCUGGUGAAUGAGCGAGACCCAAAGCUUAAAGAACGGUCCAACACCAGGAACUCUAUAUUGGAUCAGUAUGGCAAGGUUUUGCCCAGAGUCCAGAGGAAACUGGCAAUGGAGAGAGCAAAGCCCUACCAGCAUCCCUACGCCAUCCACAGAGAAGUUUCUCGGCCACAGCCACUGUCAACCAUCACCAAGCGCUCCGUCAGGGAGAAGGUGAUGUCGAGGGCUGGCUUCAUCAACAACGUCCUGACCAAGAUUGAGGAGGUGUGGUUAGGCAAAGGAGCUACACCACAGUCCUCCCCAGCCAAGAGCCCCAAGCCCUCCUCCUCCUUGGCCCUUUCUGAGCCCUUCCUGGGAACUCCUAUCACCAUGACCGCCAAACGAAAGUCAAGGCUGAUGGACUUGGUGGUUCGUCCGUCCUGUCAGACCCCUCGUCCUCUUCUCAGCCCUCCCAGACCUCCCAGCUCCUGGGUUUCUCCAAAAAGCAUCAGCAAAGCCCCUGAACUCAGUCUGCUGCAAACACCGCAGGUUGUCAAGCGAGCUCGGGCCUUGGCUGCUUCUGGCCCUGUGUUCUCAGCAUUCACUCCUCAAUCCAUCCUGCGCAGCAGCCUGAGGCCCACACCCGUCGCCACCCCGUCUGCUUCUCCAGGACGCUCCAUCACCCCCCCACUCCGUAACAAAGAGAGCCGGAUCACCUUCAUCGAAGAGGCAGAAUCUCCUGAACCGGAGAAGGGCAUCCGAUGGACCAAUGGGAUGGCAGCAGACAGUGAGAUUAGCUUGCUGACCAGAGGCAUGCUAUCCAAGGCUACACAUAAGACCUGGCCCUCACAGCCUGCUGAGGAGGAAGAGGAUGGAGACGAAGAAGCAGAACAGCCUCGUGUGAAGUUCUUGCCUCCAGAAGGUGGUAUUCCCUCCUCACAGCUGAGGUGCUUUGACAGCGAGUCACUCUCCAUCCAUGAUGUCGCCGCAGAAACCAGACCAUCAGAUGCAAUGCAAGCACGCCUGAGCUUGAGCUUUGACACCAGCCAGGCAUCUGUCCGUUCAACAGACACCACUCUAGAGUAUUUUGAUGCACCUGCCCCUGCUCUCUCAGAGGACCAAGAAGGGGAGGAGGUGCAUACUGCUCCAGAGAAAGAAGAGGAGGUAGUGACGGUGAAUAUCAAAGGCCUAACUGAAACUCAAGAACCAGAGGAAGAGCCCUCACUAACCACUGAGCAAACCCCUCUCCUGACAUCAGAGGAUACAGAGAGGGGAGAAGAAGAGGAGGUGAAAGAAGACGAAACAUCUGAGGACGUGAUUGAGAUUGGUCUUGAAGAGGAGACUAAAAAUGAGGAAGAAGUUAAAGAGGAGGAUGAACAAGAUGUUGAGUCAAGUAUCGAAUAUAAAGAUGCUGCAACUCUUCCCCAAGAGGAGAUGUCUAGCCACAAUCAAGUUUGUAACCAGGUUACUGAGAGCACGGACUCUGGCGCUGAGGUCGAAUCUCCGGAUCUAUCAGUGGGACAGGACGUCCAGACGGAGGCCACCGAAUCCACAGAGUUCACUGAGUAUCUGAAACCACCUGCAGCCACUGAACCCACAAACCAACCAGAAGAGGAACUGGAGCAAUCAACAGAUCUGACAGAGUUUGUUCAGAGACAUCUGUUUGGUGGCGAUCUGUCUCCUCCGCUCACCCGCUCAGGAAUCCACAACGCAUCACAGACCCAGACGUCUUUCAACAGUGAGUCACUAGGUGAGGUUGAAGAGGAGGUGCAGGCAGAUGUUGAAGCUCCGCCAGUGUUCACCAGCCAGAAAUCUACUGCCUCUGUGACAUCCUCCGAGCCAACUGGCACAGACUCCCACUCUGUUGUGAGUGUGAACGACAGUGAAGAGCUUUCUAGCCCUGAGUCUGAGGAAGAAGAUGAGGAUGAAGAGGAGGAGUCUGAUCGAGCUGAGGAGGAAGAGGAAGAGGAUGAGGAGGAGGAGGAGGAGGAAGAAGAGGAAGAGGACUCUGGUAGUGAGGUGGAGAUCAUUGAGGAGGUCCAGGGUAAUGGGAGGCUGCCACCCCUCCAACCCAGUUCAGUCUUUGUACAGCAGGGACACACACACUUCCUGCCAAGUCUGUCAGAGCAGGAGGCUGCGGCGUUCUCUCUGAUUACACCCGGUGUAGAGAUGAAGAUGGUAGAGGAGGACAUGGAGGGUGAGGUGGUGAUGGUGAGACUCGGGGCAGACGAAGAAGGGAUUGUAGCGGAUGAGGAUGAAGAGCAAGGAUCAUCAUACAUGGAGCUCAAACCCUCUACCACUCUCCUGGUACCCCUGGAGCUCGUGGAGGGGCAGGACGGCCUGGUCGAUGGUGCUCAGCUUGGUCCUCCUGAGCUUCAGCAAGCCGUUGUGUCAGAUGACCCGAGGUCUGAAACUCACAGCGGCUUCUCUCUGAUGCUGGAUGAGGACGCGGAUAAAGAGGCAGACACGCUGCCUAUUGAGAAUGAUCUACAGUCCUCCGACCCUCCCAGCCUGUCUCCAGCAGUGGAGGCUGUUGACGAAAUUGUGGCCAAACCUGAGGUUAUUCUUUUGGGCGCAGAUGAUCAGGAUCCUCCUCUGUCUGGAGAAGUCUCCGAAGAGGACCAGAGGAGAGAGAUGGACACCUUGGAUGGAAUUGAGGUAGAUGGGUCAGCAGAGUCAGAACUUGCAGAACCUGCCGACCUACAAACUGAAAACACCGGGGCAAACCAUGAGACAGAAGAUGCUAAAGAACAGAGCGAUGCAGAGUUAGUAAUGUUGGUUGAAGACCAUGAACCUGCAGGUCUCCCAGUCUCUGGGCCAACUCCAGUAGGAGAGCUCCCAGCAGUAAUGUUGGCUGAAGAUCAUGAACCUGAAGAUCAUGAAUCUGAAAAUCAUGAACCUGAAGCUCAUGAAUCUGAAGAUCAUGAAUCUGAAGAACUCCCAGCAGUAAUGUUGGUUGAAGACCACGAACCUGCAGGUCUCCCAGUCUCUGGGCCAACUCCAGUAGGAGAACUCCCAGCAGUAGUGUUGGCUGAAGAUCAUGAACCUGAAGCUCAUGAAUCUGAAGAUCAUGAAUCUGAAGAUCAUGAACCUGAAGAUCAUGAAUCUGAAGAUCAUGAAUCUGAAGAUCUUGAAUCUGAAGAUCAUGAAUCUGAAGAUCAUGAACCUGAAGAUCAUGAAUCUGAAGAUCAUGAACCUGAAGAUCAUGAACCUGAAGAUCAUGAAUCUGAAGAUCAUGAAUCUGAAGAACUCCCAGCAGCAAUGUCGGCUGACGAUCAUGAGCCUGAAGGUCUUUCAGUCUCUGGGCCAACUCCAGAAGAAGAACUCCCAGCAGUGGUGUUGGCUGACGAUUAUGAAUCUGAAGAACUCCCAGCAGUAAUUUUGGCUGACGAUCAUGAAUCUGGAGAUCAUGAACCUGAAGAUCAUGAACCUGGAGAGCUCCCAGCAGUAGUGCUUGCUGACGAUCAUGAACCUGAAGGACUUUCAGACUCUGGGCCAACUCCAACGGGAGAACUCCCGGAAGUUGUGGAUGACAAAGACUCUACGGCAGAAAAAGAUGCUGCUGAGGAGGAGAUGGGAGAGGAGGAGGAGGAGGACAAACCAACACCUGCUGAGGAGCAGGAAGAGCCUGAAGAGAAUGGGCCUGUUAAUAUGGACACGGAGAUAACCCCCAGCACAGAGACAGAGACUGCUGUGGAGGAGGAGCAACAGGACCAUGGAGCCGUAGCAGAGACAGAAGAGGAUAACAGGGAAGAAAUUAAGACGGAGCAGGAAACAGGAAAGAAAACCAGGGGAAGACCGAGAAAAGAUAUUGAAGAAGAGAAACCUGUGCCAGAGACGCCCACUUCUCAGAGGAAAAAGAAAGCUCCCUCGACCCCAACACGGAUGACCACAAGAGGGAGGACGGUUUCCUUUAUUUCUCCUCUCCUAGAGGAAGCAGAGGAAGUGGAGGAGGUAGAAACAAAGUACCUGCUUCCUGCUUCGCCUAGUCGUACACCUAGAAAAAGUAAACAGAACAAAGAAACUAAAGUCCAAGCAAGCCCACCUCGAAGAAGUACUCGUAAUUCUCAGCCAGAGCCUCCUAAAGACGAGGUUGAAGAGGGGAACGCCAUGGAUAACGACACCACAGUUGCAUCAACCUCAAAGGCCUCUUCUCCAGCCAGGCGGCGGGUUGCCCAGAGGGCCUCCUCAACAAGGUCCAGCCAAAGGACCCAAGGUGAAGAUGAGGAGGAACAGGAGGAUGAGGUCACAGAUACAAAGGUUUCUCGACGAACAAGCGCCAAGAGUCCCACACCGGCCAAACGCAGGACCACUCAGGAAAUCACUCCGAGGAGGUCCAGCAGAAGGAUAUUGAGCAGCAGUGAGGUGGUGGCAACACCGUUACAGAUCUUGUUAGAAGAGCAGAAACAGGCGGAGGUGUUUGCGUCCCCCGCCAAACGCAACUCCAGGAAAAGUAAAACAGAAUCAUCAGAGACGCUGGAGGAGGAAGAGAGCAAAAAACCUUCCAGCCCCGGCAGGGCGACUCGACAGUCCAACCGGAUUACCCUAAAUGUGUAUCCACAAGUGAAAUUGGUUCCUGUAUUAAUUCCUCAGAGCGCAAGGAAGACGAGAGGAGUGACGAUAACAGAAAAUAUAAAAGAAAGUGCAGUUCAACUCGAGCCUGAACUUAACAGCAAUGCUGGUCUCACCAACUCCCGUCGACCAACUAGAAGCAAACUCUGGGAUCACCCUGAGGAAGACCUCCCCUUACUGGACUCACCGUUGGAGGUGGACUCUGAAACCCCAGUCGCAGACGCCCUCAUCAAGAGACUUCAGGAUGAGGAAGGGAAGCAGGAAGGAGGAGUAGUCGUCACAAAGAUGGUGAGAACCAGCAAGAGGAGUACGAAGUCUGUGGAAGACAGCCUGGACCCCGAACCCAAAGAGGAGGAGUCUUGUCCAGACGAGUAUUCGUUCAUCUACUCUCCCUCACGGAGAAGAACAAGAGCUAAAAGAGCAGAGUCUCCCGGCCCGAGUGAAGAGUCUGCAGCGCCCGUCACUCGCAGCAGGAGAAGAGUUGUCAAAGAUACCUCUGUUGCUCCUCAUGAUGAAAUCGAUUUAGAAGAAGAUCUCGUGGAAGUGGAGAAAGCAGCAGCUGUUUCUAAGUCCAGAAAAUCAGUCAAACGAACAGCCAAAUCCAAAGCCGUUUUGAAGCCCUUUCCCAUCGCAGAGGUGGACCUGAUCUCGCCUCUGCCCAGCCCAGCUGAGCCGAUCCCGCGGGCCCUGAAGAGGAUCAGUGAGGAGGACGCCCCGACUUCGAGCAUGAACCUUCGACGCAAGCGCAUAAUGGACACCGUUUUCACAAAACCCGUCACACGGAGGAAGAAACUUUGAGGAGGUUGGUGGUGGUGGUUUUAACCGGUGAACCUCAGACAGCCACCAGAAGAGUUGAACCGAGUCGGUCCGGAGCUGUCAAAUAAAAGUGUAUGCCUAAAAACUCACGAUGGUUCUAUUUCCUCAAAUGCCUCACAGUGCUGCGGUUAUCUUUGUUGGUUAUAUAAACCUCCCUGUAGGACAAUAAAAUAAAAGCAAUGUAGGCAUGAAAAUAUAUUUUUGGGACAUAACACACUGGUGGAUAGCAGUGUGAGAGAGGCAUAUAUUUUUGGAGUUUACACAUCCCGCUCGUACUAACUGGAUUCCACUUGAUAUCGUAUCUGUGGCCAUUUCGUGUUGGAUAUUUUGCGACGCUCCCCGUAAUCCGCUGAACUCUCUGGGCACAGAAUGGCACAAGGGAAAGCAAUCAAUGUGGGCUUUUAGGAGCUCCCAUUAAUACAACCAGAGAGACUGAACUGAUCCUGCCUCUGAUAAAGAGGUUUUUAUUUACAUUCUCUUUUAUUUUUAUUUUUAUUUUUUGUGGUUGUUUACUUUUUAGAUUUCGAGGCCUGCUGUUUUUUCUAUUUAAGAAGAAGAGCAACCAACCCAGUGGAGACGAAAGAUUUCUACUGAUAAAUUUGUAUAUAGUCUUUUGCUAUGUUCCAAAUAAAGUUAAUAAAUAAAUCCUAAAGAGUUACGCUCAUAAGUUUUAAGUGUCUUGAAUGCGUUUGAUCAUCUAAUUAGACUGCCUAUGCCAUAGUCUUAAAAUUUCAGUCGAUUUUGGGGGGGUUUUCUGUGAAAGAAGCACGGACUUAUGUACACUAAUGCCAUCAGAUUUGGACUGUUUCUGUGUGUCAUGGGGAUGUUGUAGAGUGUGAAAGAAACAAAAAUACUUGCACAGCAGUUUGGAGUUGUUAAAAUUGUUUUGGGAAAUGUUAAUAGGCUCGUUUGAUUACUUUUAUGGCAACCACCAUCUGACACAUAGGCUAUUUUCUGAUGAAUGUAUGUAGAAUGUCUUAUUUUUGAUGACUGCUCUUUGAUAAAUAUGGUAAAGCUUGAA